AAGGAAGAAAAAUGAAGAUUUCUAUUUUUACCAUUGAUGCAUUUACAGACGAACCAUUCCGUGGCAAUCCUGCAGCUGUUUGUCUUCUUGAAGAUGAACUGGAAGAAUGUUGGCAUCAAAAAAUUGCAACCGAGAUGAACCUCUCAGAAACUGCCUUCAUCAGAAAAUUAAAUCCGACUGAUAACUUUACCAAAAGUUCUCGUUUUGGAUUAAGAUGGUUUACUCCAACAAAUGAGGUCCCUCUCUGUGGUCAUGCUACCCUGGCAUCAGCUGCAGUGUUAUUUCAUAACAAGAAGAACGUGAAUUCAUCCCUCACUUUCAUAACUCUGAGUGGAGAAUUAAAUGCCAGAAAGGCAGGAAACCACAUUGUCUUGGACCUACCUCUUUAUGUGGCCUCCCCAAAGGAUUUUCAGGAAGUGGAAGAAUUAGUAAAGGCAGCUGUAGGUAAUAUGAAUGUUCAAGAUGUUCGCUAUUCUCCUGACACUAAGAAGCUCCUUGUUCGUCUCAGUGAUACUUAUGAAAGGUCUGAUUUGGAGAAAUUAAAAGUGGAUGCCCAAGAGCUUUUGCGGACUGAGAAGACUACGCAAGUGAAAGGGUUAAUAGUCACACUUAAAGGGAAGGUUGGUGGAAAACGUGAACACUACGACUUUUAUUCCCGGUACUUCGCACCCUGGAAUGGUGUUUCAGAAGACCCUGUCACAGGAUCUGCUCAUGCUGUUUUAAGUAGUUACUGGUCACAACAACUGGGGAAGAAAGAAAUGUGUGCCUUUCAGUGUUCUUCUCGUGGAGGAGAGUUGAGGAUUUUGGUUCGGGAUGAUGGGAGAGUAGACAUUGAGGGACGAGCAGUUCUUGUGUUAGAAGGUUCUCUGACUAUUUGACGAAAA